CAAUUAGUUCACUUUCAUGGUUUAUCCUCUUUUCUUCCAUUUGCCCUUGAGUUUCAUAUUUUAUUAAUCGUUUCUGGUUAUACCAACUAGCUACUACAUCAUGUAUAUAAUGAGAGAACUACAUUCAUAAUCAACCAGUUGAAAAUUUGAUCCAAGUAGUAAUGGGUAGCCUAUUGCUUGAGCAACUUAAAAAGCAGACAACAAGUUUUUUACAAGAAAAGUACAAAUCUGCUAGGAUGACAUUUACUGAUGUUACUGAAGCUGAAUUGCUGGCUGAGGAAGCAACAAAUAAGGAUGAUUGCAGCCCAGAUGCCAAAACUAUGACUAAAAUUGCUGAGGCAUCAUUUGACAUAGAUGAAUAUUGGAGGAUUGUUGAUGUUCUUCAUAAAAGGUUAUACAACGUGGAUUCGGAGCAAUGGAGGCAAUCUUACAAAGCACUCGUUCUUCUGGAAUUCUUGUUGACCCAUGGUCCUCAAGAUUUUGCUCAAGAGUUUCACUGUGAUGCAGAAAUUAUUGAAGAACUUGGAAGUUUUACCCAUAUUGAUGAAAAAGGGUUCAACUGGGGGUCCAGAAUGCAAAAACUAUCAGACAAAAUAGUGAAUCUUUUACAGGAUGGAGAAAGUCUGAGAGAAGCACGUUUGAAGGCUCUUAAAAUAACAAAUGAAAUACAAGGGUUUGGAAGUUCAGUGAAUUCUCCAUCAUCAUCACCAUGCUCUUUGACUUCUGAGCAAGCAUCACCAGGGUCUUCAUCAUUUUAUUCAGUUUCUACCGCAAGUACCCCUGCAUGGACAUUUGAUUCCAAUGAGAAACAACAUCAUUCACCCUCCAUAGGAAAUGUAAAGAGUGUGCCCAAAAACCAUCUCUGGAAAUGUCCCUCAGCUGAAGAGAAAAAUAUUUUGAUUGAUUCUGGUGAUGAGGAUGAAGACAUGGAAAAACCAAAAGGGUUUGUAAGUGAAAUGUGCUCAAAGAUUGUUGGUGGAAGUCCCACUAAAGGACAAAAUAAUCGUGAAAAGAUUCAGUUUAGAUGCCUCUCUGAUGUUGGGACCACCGUCACCCAAAAGAAAUUUGAUCGCCAAUUUUCACUUUGGUUCUAAAGGGAGAUCAUGUCUACAAAUUUUCAUAUUAUUUUCUAUUUUCUUUUCUAAAUAUGAUAUUACCUUCUGUCUUUUACAUAAUAAAUAAUUUGGAGCAUUUUUUUUCCUUAAUUAUAAAAAAUAUAGA